UCGUUUCGCGACGCGACGUAAAGCGCCUGCGCACUGGGCCCAGCAUGUCCUCUUUGACUUACCCAGAAGGCUACGCUUCGCUUUCUGGUCAUAAUGGCUGGCAGGCCGGCUGUUUCAUCAUCAAGCAGGUUGCUGGAGAUGAUGCGAAAAUGGUAUUACAAUGCUGCAGGAUUCAAUAAACUGGGGUUAUUGCGAGAUGAUACGAUAUAUGAGGAUGAAGACGUAAAGGAAGCCAUAAGAAGGCUCCCUGAGAACCUUUAUAAUGACAGGAUGUUUCGCAUUAAGAGGGCACUGGACCUGUCCAUGAAGCAUCAGAUCCUGCCUAAAGAGCAGUGGACCAAAUAUGAAGAGGAAAAUUACUACCUUGAACCAUAUCUGAAAGAGGUUAUUCGGGAAAGAAAAGAAAGAGAAGAAUGGGAAAAGAAGUAAUCGUAGUUGAAGUCUGUGGAUGCAGCUGCUAUGAAGAUGGUUAAACUUGAAACAAACAAUUUUAAGAAUUAUUUGGUCUGCAGUUGUUUUACUUUAAAUAAAUGUCUAUUGUAAUCGCUGGAGUUUUUAAAUUCUAAACCUUCUACUGAAUAACUACUGAAUCCAGUAGUUAUUCUAAAUUUUUUCCAAACUUAGAAGAUAUUUUUAGUCAUGUUUAACUGCUUCCUGGAGCUCAGAGGCCACUUUAUCAGUUUUCCUCACUGGUUGGAUAGUCUAUCAGUUUAUGGAAGGAUGUAACUUGUGUAAGUUACAUCCUUAUGGAAGUUACUGAAUAAAAGAAGAGGGUAUGCACCCCCUAGUUUGCCAGGA